UUUGCGCAAAACACUGCUCAUCUCCAUGAGGUGAGUUGUGGCCGAGUGGUGAGAUUGUCUUUGUUGAGAAAAAAUGUCGACGCGAAAAAAGGUUUUAAUCCAUUAGUCAGAAAGUCUGGCGUUCUUUGUUGUUGGAAAAUCGCAAUUGGAGUCUGCAAAAGCGGGAUUUGGCGUACGGAGUGCGACACGAGCGAGAUUAUGUAAAUGCAUCACCUGGAACGGCGACUGCAACACCAGACCAGAGCUGCUCUACCUAGCCAAUCACACAGACACGGUGGCGUUGGCGUUGGCGUUGACGACACAAAGUGAAACCAGCGCAGCAGAGAGCAGAGAGGGGAAAGUCAGCGUCAGCAGCACCCAAAACACGCACACGACAAACACAAAAGUAGGAGGAGAAUCACUGAGAACCGAACUGUAAACAGAGGGAAGAACAGAAAGCUGUCGGAAUGGACAAUUGCGACCAGGACGCAGGCUUCCGGCUGGGCCACAUCAAGGAGGAGGUCAAGCCGGACAUCUCGCAGCUGAAUGACAGCAAUAACAGCAGCUUUUCGCCCAAAGCGGAGAGCCCAGGCCCCUUUUUGCAGAACAUGUCCAUGGUGCACGUGAUGCCAUCGGGCAACAGCAACGAAAAUCAGGGCCAAAUGGCACAGGCGUCCGCGGGCGGGGCCUCAGCCCAACAGCAGUAUCCGCCGAACCACCCGCUAAGCGGCUCUAAGCACCUGUGCUCCAUCUGCGGCGACCGGGCCAGUGGAAAGCACUACGGCGUCUACAGCUGUGAGGGCUGCAAAGGCUUCUUCAAGCGCACAGUGCGAAAGGAUCUCACAUACGCAUGCCGCGAGAACCGCAACUGCAUCAUCGAUAAGCGCCAGCGGAACCGCUGCCAGUACUGCCGCUACCAGAAGUGUCUAUCCUGCGGCAUGAAGCGCGAGGCUGUGCAAGAGGAGCGGCAGCGAGGCGCCCGCAGUGCAGCGGGCAGGCUAAGUGCUGGUGGCGGAUCUGUCGGUGGUGGCAGCGUCGGCUCUGGCAGUGGCGGUGGCGGAGGAAGCGGCGGCAGUGUGGGCGGCAACGGAGCGGACGAGUUCAUGGCCAACAACGUCUCCCGAGACUUCACAAUUGAGCGGCUACUGGAUGCCGAGCAGCGGGCGGAAGCACAAAGCGGCGAUCGGGCUCUGGCCUUCCUGCGGGUGGGCCCCAACUCGACCGUGCAGCCGGACUACAAGGGGGCCGUGUCGGCCCUGUGCCAGGUGGUGAACAAACAGCUCUACCAGAUGGUGGAGUACGCUCGCCUCAUGCCGCACUUUGCACAGCUGCCGCUGGAUGACCAGGUGAUCCUGCUGAAGGCUGCUUGGAACGAGCUGUUGAUCGCCAACGUGGCCUGGUGCAGUAUUGUGUCGCUGGACGAUGCCAUGGCCACCGGCAUGGGCCACGACAGCGCCUUCGAGCGGCGAUCGCCGGUGCUGCAACCGCAACAGCUGUUUCUCAACCAGAGCUUCUCCUACCAUCGCAACAGCGCCAUCAAGGCGGGCGUCUCCACUAUCUUCGAUCGCAUCCUCUCCGAGCUGAGCGUAAAGAUGAAGCGCCUCAACCUUGACCGCCGCGAGCUGGCUUGCCUCAAGGCCAUCAUCCUGUACAACCCGGACAUGCGCGGCAUUAAGAACCGCGCCGAGAUCGAGAUAUGCCGUGAGAAGGUCUACGCCUGCCUGGACGAGCACUGCCGCGUCGAGCAUCCCGGCGACGAUGGCCGCUUUGCCCAGCUUCUGCUGCGCCUGCCCGCGCUGCGCUCCAUCAGUCUGAAGUGUCUCGAUCAUCUCUUUUUCUUCCGCAUCAUCAGCGAUCGGCCACUGGAGGAGCUCUUUAUCGAGCAGCUCGAGUCGCAGCCCCCUCCCGGCCUCACGCUGAAGCCCGAAUGAGCGGCGUGCUGCCCAUCGAAUGUUUCAUUGUGAUUGCGUUGUUUGCAUUUCUCCCUCCUGGUCCUGAUCCUCCAGUUACCUUCGAUCCAAUCCUCCCUCCCUCCCCUCUUAAUAUUACGCAAAAUGUGUAUGUAAUUGUUUUUUUUUUAUAUUAACAUUAUUAUUAUUAUUAUUGAGAUAGAAAAUGUUUUCCUUAAGAUGAUUAUAUGUCUCCGCAACGUUUAUGGCCAAGUAAACGAAAAACCAAUCCCAAAACUUUAGAAGAACACACACACACACAAACACAAAGGCGAAAAGCGAACACACACAAACUCAAAUUAAAAGUUAACCUAAACUAAAGCUACAAAAAUAUAUAGAUCUAGACAUAAUUAUGAUGUACAGAGACGUAUAUAUGGAUGUACAUAUGUGUGCAUCGAUUAUCUAUUUAGCCACGUACAGGUACGCCGUAUGCAUGAAGGUACGUGUCCCGUAUGCCCGUUCUUGAACCAAUUGUAAUUACUUUUUAUCAUAAUUGUAACCAGAGUUACCGAUUUCAUGCGAGACGCAGAACAACCACAAAAACGAAUCCAACCAGAUAUAUAUCUAUGUAUUGUAUAAAAUAUAACUCCUGCAUAACAUAAGGCUUGUCGUUUCUCUGCCGCUCCGACACGGAUCGGAUCGUCGAUUAAUCCAGUCGUUGGACAUGUUCAUUUGUACAGUGCUUGGCAAAACUGUAGGACAGUCGGAGGGCAGUGCAUCCGUGGGAUCGUCAGAUUUUGCUGAACCAAUUUCCUAUAUAUUUGAUUAAGGCGGUGGACAUUCGAUUCAUUUCUCAGUUUAUAGCAUUUAACAAUAAACAAUGUUUACAUCGGUUAUGCCACAGACCAAAUUCCAACUGAGUUGGAAUGGUAAUUUCUGGCAUCCCCUUGUUUGAAUUAGAUCCUA